AUGAGGAAGCUUUUGCUUUUCUCUGUUCUGCUGGUGGCCGUUUGCGCUCAGGGAGGUUUUGAAGGGGAUCAGGUACUCCGGAUCACACUCAGAGAUGAAGAACAAGCCAGCCUGGUGAUGUCCAUGGAGGAACAGGAACAUCUCCAGCUUGACAUCUGGCGGAGUCCCCUCAAGACUGACCUCACCAUGGAUGUCCGUGUUCCUCAGGGUAGCCUCCAAAGCUUCAAGGUGUUCCUGGAGCACAAUGGUAUCCAGUAUUCAACAAUGAUUGAAGACCUGCAGAUAAUGAUCGACAAUGAGAAAGCUGAACUGGAACAGUCAACCCUGAUGGAACGCACCUCUUCCUCCUUCAACUACGGCAAAUACCACACCCUGGAUGAGAUUUAUAGCUGGAUGGACAGUAUGGUCUUUGAGUUUCCCGAGCUGGUGCAGAAGCUGCAGAUUGGGACAUCGUUCGAAGGCCGGCCGCUCUACGUGCUGAAGUUCAGCACCGGGGGGACCCAGCGCCCCGCCAUCUGGAUCGACAGCGGAAUCCACGCCCGUGAGUGGGUGUCUCCUGCCAGCGCCAUCUGGAUGGCGAAGAAGAUCACCAGUGACUAUGGCCAGGAGCCCUUCAUCACAUCAUUGCUGCAGAAGAUGGACAUCUACAUGGAGAUCGUGGUGAACCCUGAUGGUUAUGUCUACACACACACCAAGAACCGAAUGUGGCGCAAGACCAGGUCCAGAGUCCCUGGAAGGAGUUGUGUUGGGGUUGAUGCCAACAGGAAUUUCAAUGCUGGCUUUGGAGGUCCUGGAACCAGUAACAAUCCAUGCAGGGAAACAUACCAUGGACCCUACGCCAACUCUGAAUCUGAGGUUGCAGCCAUUGUGAACUUUGUGCAGAACCACAGAAACAUAAAGAGCUUCAUCACCAUUCACAGUUACUCACAGCUCCUCAUGUUCCCCUUUGGGUACAAGUGUGUGCAUCCUGCUGAUUACCAGGAACUGGAAGGACUUGCCCUUUCUGCUGUCAGGUCUUUAAGAUCACUGUAUGGAACACAAUACAAGACUGGAACCAUCUGUGAUGCAAUCUAUCAGGCUAGUGGAGGUAGCAUUGACUGGACUUACAACCAGGGCAUCAAAUAUUCCUUUGCCUUUGAACUCCGUGACACUGGUCGCUAUGGUUUCAUGCUGCCAUCCCAAGAAAUAAUUCCAACUGCCCAGGAGACCUGGAGAGCGAUGUUGACAAUCAUGGAAUAUACCCACAGGAGCCCUUUGAAACACCUCAGUCUAAAAACAAUUAGGGCACUUAAUGAUGGUCUUGGCCUUAAAGGAUCAAAGAAUACCUGUGAGGCAGGAGGCGGGACACCCUAA